CACACCUUCUGUGCAAAAAUUUAGCUCAUCUCCCACCCCCUCUCCUUCUCUCUCUCUCUCUCUCUCUCCUUCUCUCUCUCUCUCUCCCUCUCUCUCUCUCUCUCUCUCUCUCUCUCUUUCUCUCGCUAUCUCUCAGUCAUUUCUCUCACUUUCGUUGUGUCUCUGACAGAGGAUAACACCCUGCUUCCUGACAGGGACUGAGACCGAGAAGAGCAACAACUCAGAGAGCACCACAGAAAGACGAGCCAGCCUCCUCCCGGAGCGGUGAGGCUGCCUGCCUGCGAGUGGAGCGCUGGGGAGAGCCGCUCAGACACUUGUCCUUUCUCUUGCGCCAGCCCCGUGUGGAUAUUUACCCGUGCUGCUCCGGCUUCUGUGAAUGAGUGGGGGAGCGUGACAGCGGCGAGCUGUGAAUGGACAGGCAGCUUUGUCUUAGUCUGAAGGGGGAGAUGUGAUGAGAGAGCACUGUGACUGAACAACACUUCUUAGUCUGAGGGAUUUACACCAAAACAAAAGAAAAAGAGAGAAACAUACCUGAAGAAAAGAGGAGAUAUCUAUCGGCUGACGAUGGCGUACAGAGAAGAGGACCUAAUUGGGAUCCCGUUCCCCAACCACAGCAGCGACGUGCUCUGCAGUUUGAACGAGCAGCGGCGCGAAGGUCUCCUGUGCGACGUGGUCCUGAUCGUGCAAGAUCAGGAGUACCACACGCACCGCUCCGUGCUGGCCGCCUGUAGCCAGUACUUCAAGAAGCUCUUCACCGUGGCAACGGACACCAGCGAGUCGCACGCCGUGUACCAGAUUGACUUUGUGGGGCCGGAGUCCCUGACGGCCAUCCUAGAGUUCGCCUACACCUCAACCCUCACGGUCACUGCCAGCAACGUGAAGCAGAUCCUAAAUGCCGCACAGAUGCUGGAGAUUCCCUGCAUCAUCAAUGUUUGCCUAGAGAUCAUGGAUGGAGGCGGGGGAGAGGAAGGCGGAGGUGGCGAGGGUGGAGGAGGAGGAGGAGGGGACCACGGCUACGAGGAGGAGGAGGAGGAGGAUGAGGACGACGAAGAGGAGGAGGACGAUAUGGAGGAUGAUGCGGAGGAGUCCAGGGAAGAGGAACCUGAAGAGCCCGAGGAUGACACCAGUGAGAAGUCCACCCAGGCGUCCGAGCAUCAGGAGGCAGGCGCCCUGGAGCAGGGAGAGACGGCCGAGCGUGGGGAGAGCCCGCCGUGCAGCUCCAAGCAGGAGCAAAGCCACAGCCGGCCCGAGAGGAGGUGUCAGGAGGAGAGCCCGGACAAGGGCCGCGAUCCAGACGGCCUGGAGGGCCGAGCCCUGAAAGACUUUUCCAUUGAGUCACUGCUCCAGGAGGGCCUGUACCCGAAGAUGCCGGGGCUGGAGCGAGGCUCGGGCUACUCCCCGCUGCUGCCUGGCUUCUACCCUCCGAUGUGGGCCGCCGAGUUCCCCACCUUCCCACAGAUCCUGGAGCCCCACCACGCCCCCCACCCCUAUGGGCCGCAGAUGGAGAACACACCUCUGGACCUGGCCGUGAAGAAAGAGGUCAUCCAGGAGGACCUGAAGGAGGAGGUGGCCCCUGGGCUGCUGCACCGGGACUUCCUGAAGGAGUUCAUGGGCCCAGGGCUCGGCGUGCUCCCGGAGGCCCAGCUGAGUCAGAUCAAGGACGAGGCGGACCUGCGCUCCUACCUGAGCUUCCUGAGCGCCUCUCACCUGGGCGUCUUCCCCCCCUGGCAGCUCGAGGAGGAGCGCAAGCUGAAGCCCAAGGCCUCACAGCAGUGCCCCAUCUGCAACAAGGUGAUCCAGGGAGCGGGGAAGCUGCCCCGCCACAUGCGCACACACACAGGGGAGAAGCCCUACAUGUGCACCAUCUGUGAGGUGCGCUUUACCCGACAAGACAAGCUGAAGAUCCACAUGCGUAAGCACACCGGCGAGCGUCCCUACAUCUGCCUCCACUGCAACUCUAAGUUUGUGCACAACUACGACCUGAAGAACCACCUGCGCAUCCACACAGGCGUGCGGCCCUACCAGUGCGAGCACUGCUACAAGAGCUUCACGCGCUCCGACCACCUGCACCGCCACCUGAAGCGCCAGAGCUGCCGCGUCUCGCGCCCGCGACGGGGACGCAAGCCCGCCGCCUGGCGCGCCUCCAACUUCCUGUACCCGACCGACCCCCACCUGCACCAAGACAAGGGCCUGGCUGCCGGGUGCCGGCUGCUGCCCACACCUUUGCCUGCCCUGGGUGCCCGCGGCCUGGCAGAGAGGCGCCCGCAGGGGGGGAGAGCUCUAGAGGACUGUGAGGGUGGCGGCAGGGAGGCAGCGGAGGCGCGGCUGGUGGACAGGAGUCACAUGGCCGGGGAGGCGGAGAGGAAAAGGGGGGUGUUCUCCUUCACCCUGGCCCGGGACGAUGUUCUGCCCCACGCACCCUUCCCGUUCCCCGCACCGCCGCCGCCACACAGCGACCCCUGGACUGUCAGGCUGGACAGGGCUCCACCCAUCCCUGAGGCAGCAAACUGACCUCCCAGAACUCCCUGAGUUUGCUGCUCCGCACAGAAUUUACGUAUGCAUGAGCAAAAACACACUCAGACACGGCACACAGAUAAACACACACACACACACACACACACACACACACACAGAUAAACACACACACACACACACACACAGAUAAACACACACACACACACACACACACACACACACACACACACACACACCACACCACACACACACACACACACACACACCAGUCAGGAGAACAGGAGGAACAGUGUGAAUCUGGAGGACAAGCUAUCUACAAUUGUAGUCUGAUCAAAUGCAAAACCUUUUUUUCCAAAUGAACAAUUUUGGGAGUUUAAUAUGUUGACAAAUAGUGACAUUUUAACAGCCUUUUUAUAUGGCAAUUUCCUUGUGUCCUUUAAGACAAGUGGGAUUUAAAUACAGGAGUUUCAAGGGAUUAAAUGUUUUUUUUUUUUUUCUAGGUUUCGGUUUCAGUACAUUUCUAUUUAUAAUGAAUUUGAUGAUAACGCUUUUGCAUUAUUGAUAUGGGUAAAAGGAGGUUUUGAGAUGUGUUGACAGUUCAGUCAGCUAUUUUGGCCACUAAAUGUGUAUGCAUCAAUUGAACUGAAUUCUGCUUCCAGUCUCAGACUUCAAUGCAAGAAAAGCAGUACAUUGUCUAAGCUCUCUGGUUUCUGAAAUCACUUAAAACAUAGAUUUUUCCCAGCCAUCUUACUGUGCAUGUCACUGUCACAAAUGACUUAACUUCUCCCUUGGGCCUCCACGUUUAACUGAUUAUAUAUAAAUUACGA